UUACUCAACUUUCAAUCCAAGAAUCAGAAGAGGGAUGCAUGGUACCCUUUGAAAAUUGUUUUCUCAAGCCUUUCUGGUUGCCCAUGUUAUUCGCGGGAGUGAAGGUGGAAUGGUGAGGAAGAGGUCGGGCGAAGAGAGAGAAUGAGUUACGUAUUAAGAACACUGAGGAAAAAGCGAGAGGUGGACACAAUCAUCAGAUACACCAUCGACAAUGUCCUCGUCCUCCGUUUUGGCCGCGCUUCCGACCCCCUCUGUCUCCAUCUCGAUGACGCCUACUCCAGAUCAUACUAAAUGGGUAGGUGCAUUUCACAAGAAGCAGGACUUCAUUGAUGUUGUAGAGAGGGGCCAUGAAAGGCAAGCUGAUAGUGAGUUGCGCUCUGCCUUCAGAGAGAAUACCAAAGUAUCAAUUGUUGUACAGGGAUGUGUAAAAGGUGAAGUGACCUCAGAUUUGAAAGUUGGUUUCUAUUUUCACUCACAUUCAAAAUCAUCUCGCGAAAGACCUGGCCUUCUCCCUCGACAGCAACCAGCAUCAGCAAUGUCUUACCCAGUGCCACUCGGUGAUGACGUCUCUCUCGUCAAUGCCACCAAGCGAAGCUCCUUCUUCUGCCCAAUGUCGUUGCUCCCCGCGAGCUCGUUGAACGGAGCAAAUUUGAUUUGAAUCUAGCGACACUACUCUAGUGGAGCUUUGUUUCACCGUUGCCCCUGCUCAUCUUCUUAGGUAACAUUUCAUGGUCCCUUUUUCCUUCCGUAUUGGACAUUCUUUUUGUGUAUUGAAAUAGAUGAAUCUAGGGUUUUGUGAGAUGGGUAUUGUGGCUUA